AUGAUUACUUGGGUUGUGUUCCCAAGGGAGUUCCUGAGGAAGUAUUUUCUCAUAGAUGUCUGGCGAAAGAAAGGGAUGGAGUUCCUUGCGCUGAAACAAGGGAAUUCAAUUGUCACUGAGUAUGCUGCUAAGUUUGUGGAGCUUGUGAAGUUUUAUCCACACUACAGCGAGGAGAUAGAUAAGUUUUCAAAGUGUAUCAAGUUUGAGAGUGGGCUGCGUUCGGAGAUCAAACGGGCGAUUGGGUAUCAGCAGAUCCGUAGGUUUAUGGAUUUAGUGAAUAGCUAUCGGGUUUAUAAAGAGGACAACAUUUCUCAUUCAACUCAUUACAACAGUAUGAACGAGAAGGGAGAGAAAUCGCAUCAUGAUCGUAAGAAGCCUUAUGAUGCCCCAAGUGAUAAAGGGAAAUAG